UUGAAAACAGCUCGUUCGAAGCAUAAAUUCUCGAUUUUUACCGAAUUUUUUUGUAGUUUACUCGCUCAAAUUACACUGGCCUUUUAAAUUUGGCGUCGCCACAUGAUAUUGAAGAAUUCUUCUGGUCGAAAACGCUGAAAUGGCGGCAACCCGUUCGCCAGAAUUAACUUUUAUCGACGAMGAUGACAUACCUCUAGCCUUUAUCACUAUCAACCGUGCAGUCCRUGUCGAUUCUGACAACGAAGCUCCCUCUGAUGUUGAUAGUAGUGACUCUGAGUACUCAAGCGAAGAAGAUGACGAUGAAGAUGAAGAAGGGGACACUGACAAUAGCGGUGAGGAAGACUACACAAAGUUAAAAUGGUCUUCUAAUAUACAAGUCCCAAGAAACAUAGAUUUCAAUGAGGAGGUUGGUCUCAAAGUUGAAAUGCCUGAAAAUAAUUCAAGCUGCAUCAAUUUCUUCGAGCAACUUUUCACUGAUGAUGUUUACCAACUCAUUGUGAAUGAAACCAUGAGAUUUGAGAGGCAAAAACGGAACUUGGGGGACGAUUUAUCAGGCAAUCUUCAGGAUUUAAGUGUCCCAGAGUUGAAAGCAUGGUUAGGCCUAACUUUAGCUAUGGGUUUGGUCAAAAAAAUUAACUUGAAGAGUUACUGGUCUAUGAAUACUGUCACUGACACUCCACUCUUCAAUAAUACUAUGAGUAGAGACCGCUAUCUCCAAAUACUGAGAUUCCUGCAUUUUGUAAACAAUGAAAAUGCAGAUCCUGAUGAUGUAAACAGGGAUAAAUUGUGGAAGAUAAGACCACUACUGAACAUUCUUCUCCCAAGAUUUACUGAUGUGUAUGCUCCAUCACAAAAUCUGUCCCUGGAUGAGACCUUGAUAAAGUUCAAAGGUCGAGUUCAGUUUAGACAGUUUUUGCCCCUAAAGAGAAGUAGAUUUGGGCUGAAGGGGUUUGUUAUUGCAGACUCUUCAAAUGGCUAUGUCCUCAACAUAAUCAUUUAUACUGGAAAAGAAGGCCCAGCAGCAAGCAAAGAUCUAGCUUCCUGAGUGGUUAUGAAUCUUGUCGAACCAUACACUAACAAAGGCUACCGCUUGUAUGUUGACAACUGGUACACCAAUGUUCCAUUGUUUUUGAAACUGGAGAAGAAAGGCAUUCUUGCUUGUGGGACAGUAAGAGGUAAUA